CAACUGUAGGUAUGUUUUGGAUCUGACCAUACACUCCAUAAAAGAGAGACUUUGACCAUACCACACUACACCACGCCUGAGCAGGAGAAGAUUGCAACGGCUUCUGUUAGUCCUUCAACUUACAAGAUGAUGCUUUGAUACUUCUCCUUUAGCCAGCGAAAAGGAGAAGUUGAAGGAAGAAUCAAGAAGAAGUUGAUAAGAUCCCAUCUCAGAAAUAAUGCCAGGAAAUGUGGCACCUUUAGAUGUGGGAAUUCAGAUUCCAUACCACUUCAGAUGUCCCAUUUCCUUAGAACUGAUGUGUGAUCCAGUCACAGUCAGCACCGGACAGACCUACGAUCGAGCCAGCAUCGAGUCAUGGGUCGCGACCGGAAAUACAACUUGCCCGGUAACACGUGUCCCUUUAUCGGAUUUCACUCUCAUACCGAAUCACACCUUACGACGGCUCAUCCAGGAAUGGUGUGUCGCGAAUCGGUCAUUUGGGGUUGAGCGAAUCCCUACCCCGAAGCAGCCUGCAGACCCAGCAGUCCUCCGGUCUCUCCUUGCUCAGGCAUGUUCUACGUCGGGGGUGGGAGCUUCUCGACUAUCAGCUCUCCGACGGCUUAGAGCUCUAGCUAGGGAGUCUGAUAAGAACCGUUGGAUUAUAUCUAUGCAAGAUGCUCGAGAGAUGCUGCUGUCUAUGGUCUUUGGUGUGGAGAAUGGCGAAGAUGAAUUGUCGCUGGAAUCGCUUGCUAUCUUUGUGAUGUGCCCUUUGACUGAGUUGGAAUGCAGUUCCAUCGUUUCUCGGCCUGAGAGGUUAGCUUUCAUCGUAUCUCUACUGGGUCACUCUUCAAUUGAGGCACGUAUCAACGCAGCUACGCUUAUUGAGAGUAUUGUAUCUGGGGCACGACCUCCAGAGCUGAGGAUCAUCGUUGGAAAUAUCGAAGGAAUAUUCCAAGGACUAGUUAAGAUCUUGAACCAUCCAUUAGGUCAUCCAAGAUCACUCAAAAUUGGAAUCAAGGCCUUGUUUUCAUUGUGCUUAGUAAAGCAGAAUCGACACAAGGCCGUGUCGGCAGGUGCGGCGCAGGCGUUGAUCGACCGAUUAGCUGAAUUCGAGAAGUGUGACGUCGAACGGGCUCUCGCCACCGUUGAAUUGCUCUGCCGGGUUCCGGCAGGUUGCGCUGCAUUCGCUGCUCAUGCCCUCACAAUCCCAAUUCUAGUGAAGAUUAUACUAAAAAUAUCAGACCGAGCUACUGAGUACGCCGCCGGGGCUCUGUUGUCACUGUGCUCGGCAUCAGAACAGCUACAGCAUGACGCGGUGUCAGCCGGUGUCGUAACGCAGCUGCUGCUACUUGUACAGAGCGAUUGCACUGACCGGGCGAAGCGUAAGGCUCAGCUGCUGCUCAAGCUACUUCGCAACGCUUGGCCCGACGAUUCGAUCACCAAUUCAGAUGGUUUCCGAUGCACCGAUGUUGUCCCGUUUUGAUAAUUCUUAAUCUUUUUGUUAAUUCAAUGACACCCAUUUCAUAAAAAUUCCACUAUUUUAUUACAUAGCAAGAAAGUAAAAUUAGAGCUCCAAAUCCAUACAUGAACACUUGUAUGGAUGAAUGUAGGCAUGUAUGUAUGUAUUUCCGUAUGUAUGUAGGUAUUUUGUUCUCAAAUCCAAAAGGAUAUAGAAGCUGAUCAUGUUGAUUAUUGACUACUUUAUAUGAUUAACAGUGCUUGUUUUAA